UUUCUACACGGACGUAUUUCACUGUAGGCCAGCAAGUGUCAUCAUACGAUGCUAGUUAUUAGCUCGUUUAACACAAACUUCAUUAACACUUUAAAACAAGUUAUUUCACGUCUGAUACCACCGCUUAUCUGAGAAGGUUUGGACGCAUCCGGCAGCUUGUGAGCAGUUUUUGAAAUAGCGGUAUCGUUUCCUGCUCAGUGCUAAUAGUUAGCCAGGUGCUAACAACAGUACAUGUGUAUCGUCUCUGUCAUCUGAAGUGGCCUCAGAUCAACAAGGAGAACUGACAGCCAUCCCCGUGAGACAUCAUGGAGCUCCAGGCUGUGUUAAUGGCAGCUGGUGGAGGUUCUCGUAUGACUGAUCUGACAUACAACACCCCCAAGCCAAUGCUGCCUGUUGGUAACAAGCCCCUCAUGUGGUACCCACUGAACCUGCUGGAGAGGGUGGGCUUUGAAGAGGUGAUAGUGAUCACCACUAAAGAGGUCCAGAAGAUGAUGACCACAGACCCUAAAAUGAAGUUGGAUGUGAAGAUGAAACUGGACGUGGUGUGUAUCCAGGAGGACGGAGACAUGGGGACAGCAGACGCUCUCAGACACAUUCAUCAGAAGAUCAAGACGGACAUCCUGGUGGUCAGUUGUGACCUGAUAACAGAUGUGGCUCUCCACGAGGUAGUCGAUCUCUUCAGAGCCCACAAUGCAACGCUGGCCAUGCUUAUGAGCAAAGCCCAUGAGUUCACAGAGACUGUCCCAGGACAGAAGGGCAAGAAAAAGACAGCUGAGCAGAGAGACUUUGUGGGAGUGGACCAGUCGGGCAAGAGGCUGCUGUUCAUGGCCAACGAAGCAGAUCUGGAGGACGGAUUGUCGAUUAGGAAGUCUAUCAUGAGGAAACAUCCCAGGAUGCUCAUCAAAACAGGCCUGGUGGAUGCUCACCUCUACUGUCUGAAAAAAGCUGUUGUGGAUUUCCUUGCUGACAACAAGUCCAUCUCGUCCAUCCGUGGUGAGCUGGUACCGUAUAUGGUGCGGAAGCAGUUUUCCAAAUCGACCACCAAUCAGACAAUCAAAGACGACGCAGAGGAACAGAACGAGAAGAAGAACGAGGGCUCUACAAACCACGAGCUCAUUAUCUCAUCACGAGACGAGUCUCUCAUCCAGCUGGCCCAGGAGCGCUCGUGUUGGAACGACCACCGGGGAGACAUGAGCGAGGCUUACCAUGGAGGAAAGCUGCGCUGCUAUGUUCACAUCAUGGACCAGGGUCUCUGCUACCGCGUCAACACUCUGGCUGCUUACAUAGACGCAAACCGCCUGGCCCCGAAACUGUUUGACGAACCAGCAGUCCAUCCAUCAGCGGUCAUUUCUGAGAGAUGUCAGAUGGGAUCAGACAGCAUCUUCGGAGCUCUGUGUCAGGUAGCAGAGAAGACCUCCAUAAAGAGAUCCACCAUCGGAAACUCCACCACUGUAAAAGAGAAGGUUAAAGUCACCAACUCCAUCAUCAUGCACGGAGUUACCAUCGAGGAGGGGUGUAAUAUCCAGGGCAGUGUGAUCUGCAGUAAUGCUGUCAUCGGUCGAGGAGCAGACCUCAAGUACUGUCUGGUGGGAAACGGGCAACGGAUCGAACCAGAGGCUGAGAGGACUAACGAGGUCAUCGUUGGAACGGACCAGCUGAUGGAGAUCUAACUCCCAUAAGACAGAACAAUAUCAUCUCACUAACCAAUCAGAGAGCAGCAAAACACAGAGGACAACGGAUACACUGGCUGACUACCCAAUCGAAAGCCUGGAUGCUGCCUGAAGGUUCUAACCGAUCUUCUCCUAGGUUUUUUUUGUACUUUGUGUCCAAAUAAAGACAAAUGCUUUAACCCACAAAA